AUGGACCUCGCACGUUAUUUCAGUCUACGGCGGAAGACUACCGACAGUCACGGCAGUGCGCAUACAGGACAUAGGAGCAGGCGGACUUACCUGCCGCUCCUCGCAAAUCCCAUCAACGAAGAUGUCCUUGAAGUAGUGACGAACAAUUCCACAGACCUGGAAAAGACCAAUACUCACACCAGCACGUUCGACAGUUCGAAUGAUACGACCACAUUUGCUGGAAACGGCAGGACGAGCCGCGGAAACAUCAUCAUUUACAAGCAACAUACAGAGGCUAGCACGAUAGAGCUUUUCUACGACCUCUUUUUCGUUGCCAACCUUGCAUACUUCACGGCUAUGCAUCAACAUACUGAUGCAGAGUCACUCAUUAACUACCUCAAACUUUUCACUCUGAUGUGGUUUACUUGGCUGAGCGUCACACUAUUCGACGUGCGGUUCAGUAUCGACUGUGUGUGGAAUCGGUUUCAUAAAGCCAUACAGUUCGGCAUCUUCACUGGCUUUGUGUAUGCCGGUCCGGUCUUCGACAAGUACAGCACCAGUGGCGUUGAGAAGUCAUACCGGAAUUUUGCCAUUGUACUCGUCAUCGGUAGAAUUGCGAUCGCUGUACAAUACGCUGUGGUUAUGUGGCAGGGUCGCAUGGUGAUCAUAUCCAUUGUUGAAGGUCUUCUGAUCUUUCUCAUCGCCAUGAUAUGGCGGAUCAUCAGUUUCAAGUAUACCCAUCUUACGGAGCGGUUACAACUGCUCACCCUCAUCAUCAUCGGAGAAGGGAUCAUUGGGAUGGUGAAGAGCGUAGCGUGCAUUACAAAAGGUCAGACGAGCAAUAACAUGAGUGAGAUCGGAACCGUCAUUGCAGCUGUCCUUCUCUUGUACCUUCUGUGGAUGCUGUAUUUCGACCAGCUUUCUCACGAUCGCUUCGGAACUCUACGGCAACAAGUGUGGGCUCUCUUACAUUAUCCGCUACACUCAGCAAUUCUCUUAUGUGUCGAAGGCAAUACGUCGCUGAUCGUAUGGAAUUCUGCCGUCCAAGCUCUCCGAUGGAUAUGGUCCUUCAAGCCAAACGAUUAUUCCAAACCAGCGGAUGGCUACUCUGACACCGCUAGCUAUAUUGACUACCUCAAUCAGAGCAUGAUUGCAGUCAAUGGUAGAUUCAAGAGCAAAUACUGGAACACAACAUACAACUGGAACACCAACUUCACUGCUAUCGAGAACUACACUGCAACGUAUGGAUUCAAAUCGGACGAGUGGAACAACCGCACCGGCGACGUCGUUCGUUACAUGUUCGACAGGGCGCAAGUCUUUGUGUAUGAGGCACAUGCCGAUUCUCUAGCAAAACUCAACGCUGUGACAUCAACUACGACCAGUCCACGAGUCAAGCUGGACGCGGUAUCUGAUGUUUUCAACACCACUACAAUGCAGUUCUUCAUUGGUGCUGGCUGUGUAUUGCUGGUAUUGGCCAUCAUGUAUUGGUUCAACAAGAUACACAAGACGAAAUACGAAUUCGGCGAGAUCAUCAACAGAGUCGUCGUUGGCUUCACGCUCAUCAUUCUGGGAGUGUCUACUGUCAUUGCCGACAAGACAACCAACGGUUUCAAGUUCAAAGGGAGCCAUUGGAUAAUCCCAAUAGUGGUGCUGUUCUUCACUGGUGUACUGUUCCUUGAUAAUAUCCUCUUAGUUGUCGCACACUAUACGAGCCGCCAUCCACGCCACUCACAUCACCGCGAUGUCUCGUGGGGUAACAGAUCUCUGGCCGGCGACAGCGAUAACGAAACUGGUGGCCUCAUAUCAAAGUAUCCUAGCCGCGCACCAAGCCCCGGUGGCAUGCCCAAGAGCGCACCUCGUAGCAGAGGCCAUACACCAGCGCCUUCUUUGAACAGAGUCCACACCGCGUAUACGCUAUACUCAGACUCGCCGCCCCAGCCACGCGACUUCGCUGCAGGCCCAUCAAAUGGCAAGACUAGGGUGCCGGGUCAUAGUCCUGGUCCGGCUUUUGGGAGUGAUGUUACUCUUCGAGACGAAGGGAACUACAAUGGACAAGGCAAAGGCAGAGCUAACAUGGGAGACUUUUCGUACGAGAACACGCCUACCAGUGCUUUGCCUGACGGUCAAGGACUGGGCAUCGGCAUUGCGGUCCAUCGAGCUAGCACUCCAAGCCUCUACAGCGAUGCCGACAAGAACGGUAAUUUGAGCAGAAAACCAAGCAAGAGCAAUUUGAAGGAGAAGGCCAGUUGGAAGAGCUUGGGUGUCAUGAAUGAACAUGACUAUGAGGGUAAAGGGUAUGGUGAUGCAGGAUUGCAAGAACCCACACGCGCAAGGACGGUCAGUUUUGGGGAUCAUGGAAAUCCUAUUUGA